UUACAGUUCUCGUGAGGAAACCCCAGUCUUCCCUUCGUCGUCGCCACCAUGACAUUCAUCAAAGGACCAUUUGAAUUUCUACCCCCCGUGUCGAUGGUUUUCGAAAUUCUGUUGCCAACGCUCGUCUUCCUGAGUGGCUUGAAGUUGUGGCGGAAUAUUCGCGAUUAUUUUCACCGAAGAUCUAAAUUUAUAGAAUUUGCUAAGACAUUACCAGGACCACCAACACUUCCUGUCCUGGGAAAUGCUCUGGAAUUGUGGGAGAGCGACAGGGCUUCCUUGGUUUUCGCAAAAAUUAGCCGCGAUUUGGAUGCACCUUUAUUCAGAUUCUGGCUGGGACCGGUUCUCAAAGUUAUCGUUACCGAUCCCCGAGACUUUGAGAUAAUUCUUUCGUCGGGGAAGAGCACGCAAAAGGAUCAAGUUUACCAACUGCUGAAGCCGAUAGUUCAAUACGGCCUCAUUAACAUAGAAGGAGUCGUAUAUCGACAUCACAAGAAGCUCCUGUUAUCAAUAUUGAACCACAGUUCAGUGAUGGAUAAAUACGUCGAGCUGUUCAAUCGUUACUCCAAGAUGUACAUCGCGAGUUUGGAAAAGAGAGUUGACACUGGGGAGUUUGAUGUUGAGGAGGACGUGAAGCAUUGCGUCGGUCACUUAGCAUUCGAAACGAUCCUCGGAAUGGCGGAGACAAUUGCUCCAGAAGAUCAGAAGCCGUUCGUGGAGAGGGGAGAUAAAGCUCUCAACAUCUUCACUCACAGAAUGGCGAGGCCUUGGCUGUACCCCAACUUGAUCUUCAGACUCACAAAACGGGGGAGGGACUUCUACUGGAUAACUGACAAGACUCACGAGUUCAUCAACAGUGUAAUUGUCCAGAAGACGAGGGAGUACACGACGUCACACGAGAAAGUCAUGAGUCCACUGGUGGACUCCGUCAUUGAUCAUGUGAUGAAAUCUGGUGGCUGGUCUCAACCGGAAAUACGAGACGAACUCACCACGACUUUUGUGGGAUUGAACGAUACGAUAGGGGGACUCCUGUGCUUUGUUACCUUGAUGCUUGCGAUUCAUCCAGACGUUCAGGAAAAAGCGAGAGCUGAAGUUAAGGAGAUCGUGGGUGAAGAGGAAGUCACCACGGAGGCAAUUUCCAGAUUAGAUUACAUAGACAUGAUAGUGCGAGAGACCAUAAGAUUGUUCCCCGUGGGGCCUCUGCUUCCUCGAAUAUCCACAGAACCAAUAGAACUCACGACCUGCACAGUUCCAGAGGGUUGUUCCCUGUACAUGGUGCCCUUCGCCACGCACAGGGACCCCCGCUACUGGGAAAACCCCGAGGAGUUCAUCCCCGAACGAUUUACCCCCGAGAAUUCGAGAAAUCGUCACCCAUUCGCCUUUCUGCCCUUCAGCAGCGGUUUCAGGAGCUGUCCAGGAUCAAAGUACGGCAUGAUGAGUCUCAAAGUACUGGUUGCAUAUAUCGUACGAUCAUUUCACCUGGAAUCAACCAUGAAACUUAAUAAAAUUCAGCUACACACGCACAUAUCCACCAGGAGUACCGAUGGAUACAAAUUAUCUCUCCGGAAAAUUUAAUCAACAUUUAUAAUUAAUUAUAUGCAAUACUAAUGAAUAA